UUGUUUUUUUCUCCAAGUAUAUAUUGGUUCUGUGUUUACUGUUAGCUAGUUCGAGCUCUCUGUUUUGUGCCAUCACCUAAAAGUCAAAAUGUCCCGGCUGUAUAGCAGCCUUCUUUGCUUGCCAUAGGGCAGACAUCAUACAAAAUAUCGAUAAACUUCAGGAUACCGAUUUAUUUCCAUCCAUACUUUUUUUUCUUUCUUCUUCUUUGUUUUGUCCACUGUAAGUGAAGAGGAAGCUUUAUCUGGAGACGUCUGCGUAAGGUCGCCUUGAGGUUUAGAGAAGGCCUACGUUGAAGGUGGCAGCCAUGGUGUUGAUUCUGGGCAGAAGGAUGAACAGGGAGGAAUCUGGGAUCAGAGACUCGCCGGCUGUCAAACGCAAGGUGUUUGAGGUGGACUCCAAAACGUUAGCCAGCCAGGAUGUCUUGGACUUCUGUUCCGGCUCGUCCCACUCAGAGGGCAUCCUGCAGGUGUUCAAUGAGUUCCGCGACUGCCGCCUGUUCACCGACGUUGUCAUCAGCGUGCAGGGCCGCGAGUUCCCCUGCCAUCGCGCUGUGCUUUCUGCCUGCUCCUCCUACUUCAGAGCCAUGUUCUGCAACGACCACCGGGAGAGCCGCGAGAUGCUGGUCGAGAUCAACGGCAUCCUGGCCGAGGCGAUGGACUCUUUCCUCAACUAUGUCUACACCGGCCGCGCCAAGAUCACCACAGAGAAUGUCCAGUUCCUCAUUGAGACCUCCAGCCUCUUCCAGAUCUACACACUGCGCGACGCCUGCGCCAAGUUCCUGGAGGACCAGCUGGACCCUUGCAACUGCCUGGGCAUUCAGCACUUCGCAGACACUCACGCCCUGAAGCAACUAGCCAGCCGCUGCCGCAGCUACGCCCUGGCCAACUUCUCAGAGGUGGCUCAGCAUGAGGAGUUCCUCGGCCUACGCAAAGAAGAGCUGGAAGAGUACACUGGCAGCGAUGAGCUGUUCAUCGGUAAGGAGGAGGUGGUGUUUGAGGCGGUGAUGAGAUGGGUGUACCACGGUGUGGAGCACAGAAAGCCCAUGCUUAAGGCCCUGCUGCACAAUGUGCGCCUGCCCCUUUUGCACCCCAACUACUUUGUCCAGACGGUGGAGGGAGACCAGCUCAUCCAGAAUGCUCCGGAGUGCUACCAGCUCCUCCACGAAGCCAGGCGCUACCACGUGCUCGGAAAUGAGAUGAUGUCCCCCAGAACUCGUCCACGCAGGUCGACUGGAUAUUCUGAGGUGAUUGUGGUGGUGGGGGGUUGUGAGAGAGUCGGGGGCUUCAACCUGCCCUACACUGAAUGCUAUGAACCAAUCACAGGAGAGUGGAAAUCCCUGGCCAAGCUACCUGAGUUCACCAAGUCCGAGUACGCUGUCUGUGCCCUCCGCAAUGACAUUCUGGUGUCAGGUGGCCGUAUCAACAGCAGGGACGUGUGGAUGUAUAACUCCCAGCUCAACCUGUGGAUCAGAGUGGCUUCUCUUAACAAAGGCCGCUGGAGACACAAGAUGGGCAUCCUUCUAGGCAAGGUCUACGCUGUUGGUGGCUAUGAUGGGCAGAGCCGCCUGAGCAGUGCGGAGUGCUAUGACUCCUUCUCUAACCGCUGGACGGAGGUGGCUCCCAUGAAAGAGGCAGUCAGCUCCCCGGCCGUGGCCAGCUGUGCUGGCAAGCUCUUUGUCAUCGGAGGAGGGCCUGAUGACGACAGCUGUUCAGACAAGGUUCAGUGCUAUGAUCCGGAGACGGACACUUGGUUGCUGCGGGCCAACAUCCCCAUCGCCAAGCGCUGUAUCACAGCAGUGUCCCUCAACAACAUGAUCUAUGUGUGCGGUGGUCUCACCAAGUCCAUAUUCUGCUACGACCCCACAGAGGACUACUGGAUACACGUGGUUCACACCUUUAACAAGCAGGAGAGCUCUGGCAUGUCAGUGUGCAACGGCAAGAUUUUCAUUCUUGGUGGCAGAGGGGAAAAUGGAGAAGCAACAGACACCAUCCUGUGUUACGACCCGUCGACAGGCAUCAUCACAGGAGUGGCAGCCAUGCCGCGGCCGAUCUCCUACCAUGGCUGUGUAACCAUCCACCGCUUCAAUGACAAAUACCACAAGCCCUGACCAUAGACUAGCACACACACACACACACACACACACACACACACACGCACUAAAGAACUUUCUUUGAAACGCUAGCUCUUCAAGUUCACCCGAUGCACAACACAAACACAAUUACACACGUGUCUUUAUAACACGCACAUUAUCUGAGCUAAUUUAUUUUCUCACAGCAUCGUGUGGCAAUACUCAUCGUGGUGCUGUGAAUCAUUUGCUGUUGUGCACUGUAGUUAUUGCCCUUCUGUGGAAAUGUGGUCGAUCAUGCUAAUGGCUCGUCUCAAACCUGAGCUCAAGUCAGAUCGAAGUGGCAGAUCUGCCUUGCAUUAGGUUGGAAAGUUAUAGAUCACGUGUGACAGAAGUAAACAAAACUGAUCAUGAUAAUGGUCAAAAAAUGAAAGAUAUGAUACAUAUUUUAUUGAAACGAUUGUGGGAGUAAAAAUAGAAAUUGAAGGUGUAUUCCUAACAUUAGGAUCACAUAAUCGUGGUAUCAAUAUUAUAUGGUUCACUUAUUUAGCUUUCAACCAUAUGCCAUUAAGUUUACUGAAAGAAACCAAGGUAAACGGUCAAUGAAAAGCUAAUUACGUAAAUGUUUAGAAUAUUUGACCAAAUAAACACUAAAGUUUCUAAAUGACAGUUAGUUCAUUGUUUGUAUCCCUAACUGCAUAUUAAAUACAACAGGGAAGCUCUAAAACUCUUAACAAUAUUGAGUUUUAAUAAUUAAUUAGAGUACGAUAGUGAUUACAAGGUAAUCAGUUGUUAAGUGAACUUGUGCUUUUAUCGCUGUGCAAAGUAACCUCAUCCUUGCUCGGUUGCUGAUGAGCUUAAAUGAACUCAGAUAGUGCUGAUAAACAAGAAAAAUGCCAUACGACCAACACAUUUUUAAACCACAGGUACAACAAUGAGCCAGGAAUGAGCUGAGAGAUGAGGUGAGAAAUCUAACCUUCAACUCAAAGCACUCCAUGCUGAUACAUACAUACCACAUUGGUAAAGAACAUUACAAAAGUACAGUCCUCCAUUUUUUAAACUCUUUUCCUUAAUACUAAAAAUGUGGUAAACAGUCAGCCAGCUGUUCUCCCACAGUAUCAGUGGUUCUAAGUUGCUCUCACCCGUUGACCUUGUGUCGGGUUAAAGAGAUAAAAAGCGGAGGAUGUACCAAAAUAUUGGAAUAUAGCCACUUUUUGUUCUGCCCUUGUUUCCUUUUUUCCACAUCUCUCCUCAUAUCACCUAGUUCCACUUCCUCUGUGCGUUUCCCUUUUCCAUCCUCCAGCUGCACCUCACAUUACGAUGGCUCCUUUUAAGCUUUGUUUUUGCUCCACUUAAUUAUUAUUAUUAAGCUAAUCUUCACACCGUUUAGUUCUCUCUCGUUAGGUGAAUGAUGAUUUUCAUGGUGGGGAAUCUUCUUUUUCUGUCCUAUUUUUUAAAGUUAUACUUGUUAUUCCUUCUUUUACAAACAUAUGUUUACUGUAUCAUAAGUAGCUUCAGUGUGUCUAUGUCAUAUCAAUGUUGGAUCCAUGGUGUAGUGGUGGGUGGUUUCGUAGACGUGAGAAGCCUUUGUAGAUCAAACUCAAAGACUGCUCUGAAGAAGUGGCGUGCGUGUGUGUGUGUGUGUGUGUGUGUGUGUGUGUGUGUGUGUGUGUGUGUGUGUGUGUGUGUGUGUGUGUGUGUGUGUGUGUGUGUGUGUGUGUGUGUGUGUGUGUGUGUGUGUGUGUGUGUGUGUGUGUGUGUGUGUGUCUUUCACGACUUUCAACGGAUGACUUCUGUUAACCCAAGUGUUCAGACUGAGGGUGGCACCGCUCACCUGUAAAGAUGUAACUCGGGGUAACCAGAGAUACCUCCAGAUGUGUAUGUUUACUGGUCGGCUAAGGUUGUGUGUGUGUGUGUGUGUGUGUGUGUGUGUGUGUGGCACUUCUACACUUCUGACAAGGGGAGUUAAGAGUUCUGAAUGACAAGGAUGUGGCUCAUGGUUAGUAAAAGUCACAUUUUACUACAGUAGGCGCUAAUAGAUGAGCGAUAUUGCUGUGAAUAUAACUUUGAAUAUGUUUUCUUUGUUUAACUUGUAUUUAAAUGUAUCUCUUCCUUGGUUACAUAUUGAGUUGUUCUGUAACUGAGCGCCCCAAUUGUGCACUUAGAAAGAAUCCUGUUAAAUGUAAAAUUAUGUGACAAGAUCUUUUUUUAAUUUUUUUUUUACUGUAUCAGUAAAUGUUCUUUGCUUUCAUGUGACGUAUGAAAGAGACCGUAAAAGUGCUUGUCAGCGCCUCCUGUUGGCCACCACCUGCUAUGGCUUUGAUAUUCUAACAAAAACAACCAAAGCUGCAGGAAGAGAACAAUGUCCAAAGUGAGUAAGAGAGUCUCGACUUUUAGUUUUCGGCAAAAAGAAAAGUAUGCUAACAAUGUGUACCUUCAUAAUACACAGCAUAAACACAUCAGGUGGGGGGGGUAUUUCGGCUUAAACCAUCCCCCAGGCGUUUUCUCUGAAGGAUGAGUUCUUGGUCAAGACUUGCAAGUACAGGCUGAAGAGAUACACUUCGGGGUAACUCAGGAGGCCAAAAAGAGGAGGCUGAGGGGCAAGAAUGUGUUAGAGCAAAAUAAUUGGAGGGAGUUAGAUAAAUAGUGAGAGAGAGAGAGAGAGAGAGAGAAUUUGAGUGUGUGUGCGUCUGUGAUUUCACUGAGUAUUUACACAUAACACGUUAUGUUGAUUUUAAGAUUUUCAUUAUUAUCUAUGAUGUAUUGUUUUGCUUUGAUACGAUUAUUCAUGAUUUAAAAUAUAUAUAUAUGUUUUGACUGGUGUGGUGAGUUGUGGGACCCUUUGCAAUUUCACCUUGCAUGCUCUGAAUUAAACCCUGAAGAGCUGAUCAUGAAAAAAAUAUCGUUAUGUGAAUGCAGAUAUAAACCAAAGUGGAUUAGAUUGAAUCCCAAAGGGGACUUUGUUAAAUGUCGAUGGGUAUUUUGCAGUUGCAUGCAAGGUGGGGCUGUAAUGUUACAGAAGGCUGUCCAAUGUGCCUAAAUAAAAGAAUGAUAAGUGGGGAAUUAAAUCAUACAAUUUUUAUGUAAACUUUUCUUAUCGUCUGUAUGAUGUGAUAUUUUUAACACCACUUUCUCCUCAGGCGCUCUUUGUCUAACUGUGAGAAAGCUUUGGAUUAUUGUAAACUGCAGGAUGUUGAAAUGUGGUUGACUUUUCUAAGAGAAACAUCAAUAAAAUGUUCUUUCCAUA